AUGCCCUCCACUUCAUUAGCACUGGAUCUUGAUAUGACAAGAGAAAUGGAAUCGCUAACGGGUGAUCUUCUCAAACAUAACACAUUGCCGCAUUUUAUGGAUUCGAUCUAUAAAAUAGAACCGAUACAACAAAAACGGAAAUUCCUCUCUACUUUCCUCUACUUUGCCUUCAUCGCUUUCGGAGCCUACAUCUUGCUACCUGGAUUCUUCCGCUCAUCAUCCAAUGGUUUCAAGGGUGGUCACGCCGUCGCAACAAGCAAAAAGACGCAAUUUAUGACUCCAUCGGAGCUACGAUCGGUUGCGGAACCAGGAGACACGAAUCUAUUUAAACGAUUUGGCUACCUGCAUGCCGCAAUCAUCAGGCGAAACGACGAAUACGGUUUUGAUGUAGUGCAUGUUGAUGGAUCCAAAGUGGGCCCGGAAGAGCGAGUUAUCGAGAGCCCCGUUUCCGUAAUUGCUGGAGUGGGUAGUCUUGUAUGCAUCGACAAUGCUCUCGACUCGGUUUUGACGCCUGCGGAUCGCCAGAUUAUGAAAAGACUCGACCAUGCGGUUGGAACAAUUUUUACCUAUCACAUGGUCGACAAUAAUUGUGAGCAUUUCGCUUCACUAAUGCGAUAUGGGUGCCCGUUGUCACCUCAAAUUGAAACCACUUUCGACUACACGAGGAAGGUUCUUUAUAAAGCC